AAGUGAGGAUGUUCACCAACAUAUUCCUUUGACCACAGCUGAACAUGGUGGAACUGUAACACUGCAGUGUGUGAUAUCAGAAGACUAUCGAAUGCUAUACUGGUACAAGCAAACCCUUGGACAUAUGCCCCAACGUGUAGCGGCUCGAACACAAAUUCAAGAAACUUCUAUUAUUUUGGGAGAACGUAUCUCUGCAAAAAUGGUUGGUAGUAAUUAUGAUCUAAACAUCCAAAAUAUAACUAGUUCAGACGAGGGAAUAUACUUCUGUGCAACCGGAACACAGUAUAGGAUGGAAUUCAGAAACGGCACCUUUGUUACUGUAAGGGGUAACCAUCUUCAGAGAACUGACUACCAGACAGUGUUGCAGCAGCCAGAGUCUGAGCCAGUCCAUCCAGGAGACUCUGUGACUCUGCAGUGUUCAGUCCUCUCUGAGUCCUGUACAGGACAACACAGUGUGUUCUGGUUCAGAGCCGGGGCAGGAGAAUCCCAUCCAGGACUCCUUUACACCCAAGGAGACAGGAGUGAAGAGUGUGAGAAGAGACCUGAGACUCCCUCUCCUACACGGAGCUGUGUCUACAGCCUCUCCAAGAACAACCUCAGCUCCUCUGAUUCUGGGACUUACUACUGUGCAGUGGCCACAUGUGGAGAGAUACUGUUUGGCAAUGGAACAAGACUAGAUGUCGAAACUGAGUGUAACUUGUCAAAGACAACUCUGGUUGUGAUCAUCCUUGUCUUGGCAGUGGUGCUAGUCUUGUGUGUUCUCUUCAUCAUCUUUCUGGCUUGCACCAUAACUAAACAUCAAAGCUCAGUGACCCUCUCUAUGAAAGACAAACGUAGCACAAGGGAUCAGUCCAAUACUCAGGAUAGAGAUGCAGAUAUGUUGAAUUAUGCAGCCUUAAGUUUCUCUGAGCGGAAACCUAAAAGAAGAAAUGAAACGAGAGGAACAACACCUGCACAAGAUGUCUACUCUGAUGUGGAAUAUAACAUGGUGCAACGAGAUGUAGCUUAAGAAAGCCUGUUUACUGUGUACUUGGUGGUUAUACAUUGGGAUCCCUCAAACCUUGUCUUUCCAACAUCACAGCAUUCCUUGUAGAAUGAGAUUUGACUAUAUUUGUGAGACAUUAUUCAUGUUGUUCAUGU